AUGCUUCUAUUGACACUUUCUUCUGAACUACAGAACCUAUAUAAAGAAGCUAAGGAAGAGAUUGAAUAUGCUAUCGAAUCUCAAGGAUCUAUUUAUUAUGAAGGCGAUGUGGCUACAGCAAAUGCAGCCUUUGAAUUAUGUGAACUCAAGUACACAACGGCAUUGCAAAUAUUGGGUGACACAACCAACACUGUAAAGUUCAGGUUCAGAUGGGAGACGGAUCUCCAGCAACUCCGCCUCUUGCUUGAAAAUUUACCAAUGGUCACUCAUUCCAUCUAUCAAUAA